CAUUUCUUAGUGUAUAAAACUAUUCACAUUUCUUUAAUUUCUUGCUAUAAGGUAAGGGAGAGAGAGGCAUAGCCAUGGGAGGACAAGCCAAUGAGGCUCUAGGCCAUGACUAUUACUCCGCCACGACCACGACCGCUUCCUCUUCCUCCACCGCCUCGCAUUCGGGGGAUUCUGGCAGCUCGAAUUCCCCGUCCACUACUACCACCACCACCACUUCCGCCUCGUCCUCGAGUAAGAGUUUAAAGGGAAAUAAAGGGUCGAAGAGAGGUCAAGAAGCGAAAAAUGGGGGCGGAAAUAAGAAACGGAGAAAAGCCGAGGGCGGGGAGAAACAUCCGACUUAUCGCGGGGUGCGAAAGAGAAAUUGGGGAAAAUGGGUGUCAGAAAUUAGGGAGCCGAGGAAGAAGUCGCGAAUAUGGCUCGGGACUUAUCCCACGGCUGAAAUGGCGGCCCGAGCCCACGACGUAGCCGCGCUAGCCAUCAAGGGCCACUCGGCUUACCUCAAUUUCCCUCACUUGGCCGAUCAGCUCCCGCGCCCCGCCUCCAACUCGCCCAAGGACAUCCAAGCCGCCGCCGCCAAGGCCGCCGAGACCACAUUCGACGACCACGACGAGGUAAGCCACGGCGGCGCCAGCGGAAGUAUCGAAGCCGAGCCAAGCCGCGCCGAGCUGCCUACCUCCCAAUCCUCGAGUAAUUUAACGUCGGAGAGCAUGCAAGAAUCGCUAAAUUCUCCGGCGGCGUACGGCGGCGACGACGACACAUUUUUCGACCUGCCGGAUCUCUCCCUCGACGGCGCAAACCAGAAUGACCGGUACGUCUCCACGUGGCAGCUGGUCGGCGUAGACCCCGGCGGCUUCCGGCUAGAGGAGCCGUUUUUAUGGGAGUCCUACUAGUUAGCCAGCUAGCUUAGCCGCUUCAUCUUCUUUAAUAAUGUCGUGCCAAACAAACCGCUAACAGAAAACAACCAUUUGUGUAAUACAGAGAAUUCCGACAGAGAAUAAAAUUACAAAAAUACCCCUCAAGAAAUAUCAUGUUCAUACAAUUCUAUCAUCAAAAAGAUUCCCAAGGUUUGCUGCUAUUCGCUUUAGAAUAGUUUUUGUAGAUUUAAUGUUUUUUUCUUUUUUGCUAACAAGUCCCCCAGUUCUUGUGAAAUUUCGGCAAGAGCAGUUAACUUUUUUGUAA